AUGAAAGCACUUAAAAUUCAACAAGAAUCUCGCCCUGAUAAACAUCAUGAAGUGGCUAUUGUUUAUAACAAUAUUGGUCGCACUUUUCAUAAAAUGAAGGAUUAUCAAAGAGCACUUUCGUUUUACAUGAAAGGGAUGAAAAUUCAAGAGAAAUCUCUUCUUGAAAACAAUCCUGACUUAGCUACUACCUAUAACAACAUUGGUCAAGUACAUUCUGAUAUGGGCGAUUACAUAAAAGCAGAAUGGUACCAUCAAUGUGCAAUUAAUAUCAGACAAAAAUGUCUUCCUGAAAACCAUCCUGAAAUGGCUAUUUCUUACAAUAACAUUGCUUAUACAUUUUUUAAAAGGAAGAAUUACAAAGAAUCGAUUUCAUAUUAUAAAAAGGCAACUGAAAUUCUACAAUGUUGUCCUCAAAGCCAUCCGAAUUUAGCUGCUUUCUAUCACAAUAUCGGUGAAGUGUAUCAUGAGAUGGGUGACUAUUUAAAAGCAGAACAGUCUUAUAAAACAGCACUUGAUAUUCAACAACUAUUUUUUUCUGACGAUUAUGGCGCCUUAGCCAAUCGUAAUGACAACCUUGGUUCUCUGUAUUUACAAUUGGAAAAAUACCCUAAAGCAAUACUAUAUUAUAAAAAAGCACUUGCACUUAGACAAGAGUCUUUUCCGAAAAAUCAUCCUAAGUUGGCUGCCUCUUUCAAUAAUAUAGGUGUACUGUACCGUCGAAUGGGCAACUGUGCGGAAGCAUUGUCAAAUUAUGAAAAAGGACUUGCAAUUCUACGAAGCGUUCUCUCAGAAAACGACUGUGAACUAGCUAUUUAUAAUAACAAUAUUGGUUUAGCUUAUCAUGAAGAUGGGCAGCACGCAAAAGCACUUUUUUAUUCUAAAGAAGCACUUAAAAUUCAAGAAAAGUGUCUCCCUUCAAAUCAUCCUAAUUUAAUCGGUAUUUUCAACAAUAUUGCUUUAGCUCAUUGUGGAAUGCGUGACUACUUCGAAGCGAUUUCAUAUCAUAUACGAGCCACUGAAAUUCAACACAAAUCAUUUGGUACAAAUCAUUGGGGGUUGGCUGCUUCAUUCAACAAUAUCGCAUGUGUGUGUUGCACAAUAGGCAUGUAUCAGUGGGCCAAGCUUUUUGCACUACUUGCCGUGGAUAUUGGCCACCGUACCCUACCUAUGAAUCAUUCAAACAACAUUCGAUAUCGUCAGACUUUGGAAUCCCUAACACGAGCUGCAUAG